AUGAACGGCGCCUGGCAGCCCCAGUCCAGAUUUGGUGUGCACACGCCCAACACACCGACCGAACCAUUCGGAGCGUUUGGAGAACAACAUCAGGGACACUAUCAAUCCUACCAACCUCAAGCCCGGAACCACAGAGCUCAUCAGACACAAAAUCAUGCCGCACCACCGCUCACCCAAUCACACCUUCCCUCGGUCCCACCCACAGCUACCCCAACUCCACCUUCAGCAACGACGCGACUGGCCCAGUUAGUAAAGCAUAGCCUUGAACAUGACCUUGCACGCACAGCUGUAUUUUACGCUGAGAGACUACACGCCCUGACCAGAGGCUCACACGACGCGCGGCAUUUGUUAUCCAAAGCUCUCUUUGCGGCUGGACAAAUAAAUUCAGCCCUCGGCGUGGUGUCUGGUGCAGAUAUGUGUUGGGCAUGCUGUCAACUGUAUGCUAGGUGCUCGGAGAAACUCAGAAAGUACCGGAUAGCGCGUGAAAUGAUGGAGCGGUGUUUAAAGGAGGUUGCAGAUGAUCGUCCACAUGGAAUAGGUCCGUUGGAGGAAGCAACGAUGCAUUGUCAGGCAGGACAGUAUGCUAUGAAGGGUAAUCUUUACGACAAAGCCGUAGCUAGCUUCAAGGAAGCUCUUCGGCUGAAUCCAUAUUUAUGGGAGGCAUUUGAGAUGCUGGGUGCUCUCGGUUCUUUUCCCAAUCCGUCAGAUGUAUUCCCCUCCAAACGGCCGCGCACAUCUGAGCACCAGGGCCCACAGCACAUGGCGCCGAGUGCCUCUGGUGCAGGGUUUUUUACACCCCCUGCGGCUUCGGCGUCCAACGCUACAACUGCGGCACGAGUGUUCGGCGGAGGUGCUGGUGGGUUCCGACUUGAGGGCCCUCGAGAUAGUUUGACUUCCAAUGAAUCGAUCUAUCCGGACAAUUCGAUGCAUGCUUACGGAGGUGCGACUACCAGAUUAGAAGGUCGGCCGGCUGUGAAACGACAAAGAGGGCGCCCGGGAACGAUCAAUGCGGCGUCGUUGGUAGAGAUAGGCGAGAAGAAAAAGGUUGCGUCUACCAAGAUGACGACACGUUCAACGAGCGAGAACAAUACCAAUACCCUUGGUGGUGUGGCCAGGCGAAGUACGAGGCUCUUGUCAGGUCUCGGAAAGGGCAUACCGUCCAAGGUCGGCGUCACCCGCGAACGAAAAAGAUCUGCUCCCAAACGGACGGGUUCGGAUAUGGACGACGAACCGAAUCCAACGGCGGUAUUACCACCUCCACCCGCAUCGCCAACACCGUCAUCUCCGGAAAGAGCGGAAACAGAGGCUGCUGACGCAUACAUUAUGGAUUUGGUUCGAACCUUUGGACGAGCUGUGCAAGCGCUAGCGCAGUACCGAUCGGCGGAUGUACUAGAAGAACUCGAGUCCUUACCAGAGGAACAAAAGAGGGCGGCGAGUGUGAUGGUCUUGAUUGGAAGAGCUGAAUACGAAAGGGCAGAUUACACGAAGGCUAAACGUGCGUUCACGCUAGCUCGCACAUUGGAUCCAUCACGAAUCUGGGAUAUGGACAUAUUCAGCACGCUGCUGUGGCAUCUCCGAAAUGAUGUCGAAUUGUCAUUCCUUGCCCAAGAAUUACUCGCUCUAGACCAACGUUCUCCCCAGGCCUGGAUUGCAGUCGGGAACGCAUUUUCAUUACAAAAAGAGCACGAACAAGCAUUGACGGCGUUCAAGCGGGCGGUCGCGCUUGAUCCUCAUUGUGCCUACGCACAUACGUUGAUUGGACAUGAGAGCGUCAGCAUGGAGGAGUUUGAAAAGGCCGCGAGCUCGUUUCAGAGUGCACUUCGAGUGGACAGGAGACAUUACAACGCAUGGUAUGGACUCGGAACCGUCUACCAGAAGACUAGCAAGUUACGACACGCCGAAUACCACUUUGAGCGAGCGGCGGAAAUUAACCCGUGCAACGCGGUGAUCGAGAAACGAGGGGAACGCGAGGUCGCGUUGCGGCGAUAUGAUCAUGCAUGCCGGAUUUCACCCGAGAAUUCGCUGGUACGGUUCAACCGGGCGCGGCUGCUUAUGGCCCUGGAGAGAUACGAGGAAGCGAUCGAGGAUCUUGUACGGCUCAAGGACAUUGUGUCGGACGAAGCGAACGUUUGGUUUACGCUCGGCAAGGCGUACUGGGCGAUGGGGCGGCGGACGUUGGCAACGCAGCAUUUGACGGUCGCACAAGAGUUGGACCCGAAACUUGUGGGGGCGGUCAGGGAACUUAUGGAACGGGGCGGGGAAGAGGAGGAUGGGGACGUGGGAGAUUCGACGAUGGACGAGACACUAUUACCUACUAGACCGCCCCAGUACUGUCGCUCAACCGACGCCACCAUGUCUCACACCAUCCAUAUACACCGCUCCGUGAUCUCGUCUCCCUCCAAGAUGUCUUCAACACGACCAAUUACCAACCAGUGGGCCGCCGUCGUCUCGCGCCGUAAGCUCCAGCUUGCGUGCGACGGCCAGGGACGCAAGGACGUCAAUAUAUUGCACCGACUAGUCCUCGUCUCCAAUUUUGCGCGAGCCCACCAAGACGAAUGCACACCACCCCCUGCCCCCACCACCGCCCAGCCCGACUCGUUUGUAUUCCCCGACAUAUCCCAAUCCACACAGCCACCCUCGAACCUCGAAGAGGCAGACUGGCUCGAUGCUAUCCUCCAAGAGCUCGAGGAAGAAGCGGAAGUUAUGGUAUCCUGCCUCCCCCCAGACGAGGAGUGCAACGCAUCAAGUUCAGACGCCCCAGUCGAGGACGAGGACGUCAUUGUCUGUGAUUCCUAUUUCUCCUAUGUCUACGCCCCCUCGGAUCCCACCGCCGAUCCCACCCCUACACCUGCGUCAUUCUCUCCCGAGCACUCCGAGGACUUGGCAGACAGCCUAUCCGAUCUCCCCUUCCACUCCACCCCCAGCCUUGUCCACUCGAUGGAUGUCGACUCGGACGAAGAGGGUCCCUCCACCCCCUCCACCUCGUUUGUCGACACCGACACCCCCACAACAACAAGGACUGCCACGAUCCAUACGACGAGCCCCUCAUCCCAUUGUUCGACGAGCCCGUCUCCCGCUCUUCCAUCAUACGGACUUGUGUCCCAUAUAAUCCGCCCUUCAUCUCGCCUACUUAUUACUGAUAUCUACUGCCUCGGCCCUUGUACAUUAUCGUCUCAUGUCUCAUGCGUUCAGUUUCUGCUCUCUCUCUUUCUCUCUUAG